AUGCAAAGAGUGUCGAGUGUGAUUAUCAUCGGUGCGGGUCUUGGUGGCCUUGCUUGUGCCAUUGAAUGCAGACGCCAAGGAUUGAAUGUGCUCCUCCUAUUAUAUCAAAUGCAAGUGCACAUCGUGGUUGGCGCCGGUAUCCAAAUACCCCCAAACGGGUCACGAAUCUUGCAGCGCUUCGGUCUGCUUCCCAAAAUUAGCGAUAGAGCCACAGUCGUUGAGAGAAUCGAUGUCCGAAGAUAUGAAGACGGACAAAUGUUAUGCUCAAAGGAGCAAACGUUGUCCUCCAUCGAGAACUACGGCGCACCCUGGUUCGUAAUACAUCGACAAGACUACCAUGGCAUACUUCUUGAAGAAGCAACUCGACUUGGGGCCGCCAUUCGGUUAGGCGCAAGUGUUAAAAAUAUCUUGACUGAUCGAGAUACUGUGGUUCUUGAGGAUGGUACAGAACUCACAGCGAACGCUAUCAUUGGCGCAGACGGAAUAUGGUCUGUGACGCGUGAAAUUCUGCUUGAACGAUCUGCACCGCCCAUUGAGACUGGAGAUUUGGCCUAUCGGGCAACAUUCACGCGAGCGGAUCUCGAAGCGUUGAAAGAUUCGCGAGUAGACGAGCUUUGUGCGCAAAAUUCUGUGACACUAUGGAUGGGUCCGAACAAGCAUGUCGUCUUUUACCCUUUGCGAAAUGGGGCGGAGUUUAAUAUGGUGUUGCUUCGACCGGACGACUUGCCUGAGGGUGUUAAGACCGCCCAUGGUGAGCUUGGAGAGAUGAGAGCUACUUUUGAAGGCUGGGAUCCGGUGCUGCUCAAGCUGAUAUCGUGUAUUCCAUCUGUUUUGAAAUGGAAAUUGUUGCAUCACGAGGAGUUGCAGACAUGGACAAAGAAACACGUUGCACUACUUGGAGAUGCAUGCCAUCCUACAUUACCAUAUCAAGCUCAAGGAGCAGCUAUGGCAGUCGAAGAUGGAGCGGUUUUAGGCGUACUGCUUGGAAAGCUUAAGUCCGCCCCGGAUUCUACCGGUGCGAGGCUACACAGCAGUGGCGACAGUACCGACUCUGUAACCUCAAUGUUGAAAAUCUACGAAGAUCAACGCAAGCAGCGCACUACGCUUAAUGUCCAGGGUGCACUUCGAAACAGAUGGUUUUAUCAUAUGGUUGAUGGAGAGGAACAGCAGAAUCGCGAUAGGUUCUUACGUGCUGUCACUGACUGGGAGGCUGUAAAGAGUCCGUACACAUGGGCUGAUGCGCAAUACAAUCGUGAUCUCCUGGGCUAUGAUAGUAUUGCACCAGCAGAGCACGCAUUUGAUUCUUGGUUCUUGGAAAAUAGCUAA